CUCUCCUAUUGUCUCCCCCGACGAGCUUCACUCCGUCCUGUCCAGAGGCCAUGGCCGCAUUAUCCCCGUCGCUGCAGGCCGCCGCCUCGAUGACUUUGCCCACUCCAUUCCGGGCUCCAUGUAUGACUGACUAUAAACUAUGCUUGUGACGAUGAUAUGAAUGAACUGUCAACUGUUGACGGUUAUGUAGCUUCCUCAAUAUGGACCGCAUCAAAGAUCCCGCCUCGCCAUACCCCCAGAUGCUCCCCUCGGCAGCCCAGUUCGCGGCGUACAUGACCGAACUGGGCAUCCGCCGCGAUGACAUCCUGGUCGUCUACGACACUCUGGCUGUCGGGCUGUAUUCCUCGCCGCGGGUCGCCUGGACCUGUCGCCAUUUCGGCCAUGAGCAUGUCCAUGUGCUGAACACCUUCCGACAAUACGUCGCAGCCGGGUUCCCUCUGCAGACAGCCUUCUCUCUGCAAGAUCCGUCUCCGAUCGAGUAUCUGGUCCAAUCGGUCCAAUCGGACCAAGUGAUCACUUGUGAAGAGCUCGAAACCAUCAUCCAGCAAAACCAAAACGUGCAGAUCCUCGACUCGCGCCCCGAGACUCGCUUCAUCCAAGGCCACAUGCCCCGGGCACGCAACAUCCCCCUGCCCUCCCUCCUCGACCCGGACCAGAGCUUCCUCUCGCCCACGCAGCUGCGGCAGUUGUUCGAGCGCAGCGGCGUCGACAAGACGCUCCCAUUGGUCGUCACCUGCAACUCGGGCGUCACGGCGGCGGCGUUGGCUCUCGCCUUGCGACUGGCGGGCUAUCCCAAUCCCAUCCGGUUGUAUGAUGGCAGCUGGUCCGAGUGGAUGCACAGGGGGACCAUCGAGAUCCAUAGCAUAUAGUAUGUAUAGUAUGUAUAUAGUAUAUAAUAACCAUCUAUUAUAGGCUAUUGCCUGCUGCCAUCACUCUCCACGGCCCUGGAGGGAGUCAUGCAGCGUGGAUCUACCCAGUGCAUA